AUGUCACUAAUAUUUUAUACUGGUAAUACGCUAGAUCAGACGCUGCUCAACGAUCAGAAGCUGUCGGGACGGAUCAUCAAUAGCAUACAAGCUUGGAGAAGCAACCGUAGCUAUUCGGACCCGCUGAAGGGAAGUCGUAACUCAACUGCGAAUGGCAACUCCUCUGGAACCGCUGCUACUAUUCAAACGACAGCUGCUGUUACUUCAUCGACUACCACAGCUUCCACUUCUACGACUACUACUGACAGCUCUACUACCAUUACCAGCUCGACAACCAACUCCACUUCCACUAAUACCACCGCCGUUAUUGUCCCCCCAAUCUCAUUCCACAAACCCACUGCUGGCUGUCCUAAUGCCGACCUCACAGCCAAGCUAUUUCUUCCCGCCAAUGCCACCCCUAAUCAGGCCCAUAUUGCCAUAAACGAGAUGCUCGAUAUAAUCGGCCCACUAAUUCCAGCCGGUUCAGUCGACGGCGAUGCUCUCAUCAAAAUUUUCAUCAUUUCUCUAGAAGGAUUAAGUUUUUCUGCUGACUCUGACGAGGAGCAGAAUGGCAACUCUGCCAGCUCCUCAGUAUCGCCAUCUGUAGAGAAGAUUGCUGAUAUCUGGAAACAGGUUGUGUCUGCUGUGCAGACUCGCUAUCCCAAACUUGUAGAGAAAUAUGGAAUAGCCGAGCUAUCUACUGAGAAGUUGACGAAGCUUCUCGCUCAUUUAGAGGCCGAAUCGGCUGUUUUACCAUCUGUCGACCAUAUUAAUGCUGCCGAUUGUUGUGCACUCCCACCAGGUCUCAUCUCGAUUGCUAAACAGAGAGGAAUUCGACUAUUGGCCCAUCAUGACCCGGAGGAAAUGCUUUCCCAGGACGCUUUGAAUCGUGUUCUAGAAGCUUAUAAUCCUGAAUUAUCCUCUUCCUCCUAUCGAUGGAACUGGAUUCUUAGACUCACAUACAUUGCUCACGACCGACAGGUUCUAGCUGGCAAUGACUACCUUGUCUCAGUCUCGCCCUCGGAAUAA